CAGAAGAGCAAUCUCACCCAUCUGCUAUCCUCAUCAGGUCAUCACGUCCACUUGUCAAGAUGCAUGCGUUGUUCCUAGUGCUCCUCGGUGCUGCACUGUGGCCCACCAGCUCCAGCAGCAACAUAGAAACUCUGAUGGAUAACGUUCUGGUCCUGAAGGUGCCUUACGGUGUGGCCACCAAAGUGUUAGUUCCUCUGAGCUGUGGAGAAGCUUAUCAAAACCAGCGUGUGGUUUGGAAGAAAGACGGCGAGUGGAUUAAGCCACCUCUGGAGGGGAACCAGGUCCAGGUCGAAGUGAAAGAGAUGAAUGGAGGAAACUACACUUGUCACCUCGGUCCAGACGGAGAUUACCUGAAUCACACUCUGAUCCUGAUCCAACUAGACGCAGAAAACAGGAAUGUCAUACUGAAAGAACAAUCCUCAGGAAUAGGUCACAUUCAAUGUUCAGCGUCUAACUACAACGGCUCCUUCCACUGCACCUGGAAGAGAACCGAGCUGAGAGAAAGGGCUUCUGUGCUCCUCGUCACGGCAGAACGUAAUUCGGAGAACAUAUCCUGUGAGGUGUAUGCUGAUGGAUCCGGGAUACACUGCCAGGAGGACAACUGCCCAUACAAAGAGGAACAGCACCGCAUCAGCCUCAUCGUCCACAUGUACAUCGAUUCUUUGCUUGAGGUCUACAAUGAGCCUUUCUACCUGAGAGACAUUGUGAGGCCGGAUGCACCGCCUAACCUCAGCAGCAAUAAGAAGGAGUUCAGCUGGAGCUACCCCGACUCCUGGGAGAAGCCGGACACCUACUUCGGCCUGCAGUUCCAGGUCAAGGUGGUCAGAAAAGGAUUGUCCUGUGACAAUGCGGACCAAAUAGAGCCUCACAAGACUCAGGAAACAAAGUAUGAUCUGCACAUUAAAUACCAGAAGUAUGAACUGUGUGUGCGAGCUCAGGACAAACACACCAUGGGGCCGUUUGGCCCAUGGAGCUCUUGCACAGUCAACAAAAAAGGCAAAGAAUGUGUCCCUCGUCAGCAGCCGUAAAGGAUGGAAGAGCACAAAGAUGCAAGACAUUUUCUUUUAUUGCAAUCCACAAAAACUGAGAUGUACAGUAUUUAUUAAUCUCUAGAGUAUCUUGUUUAAAUUAUUAUUUUCUAUCUAAUUUAAAAUUGUAAGUUAUUCCCUUUUACAUACUAUCGACUGUCCUUGCAGAAUUGUUGCUAAAAUGUUUAUUACAAGUGUCCCAAUAAAUGAACGAAGAUAUUGAUAUACUGCACGUUCUGCAUAUUUUUCCAACCCCCUAAAAAUGUCAAU